CCAUGGCGCUGGUUCUCGGUCGUAGCGAUUGGCGGGAGCAGGGGGAGGACGCGGAGGAGGACGACGCCGUGCUGCAGGACGCCGACGACGCCCGCGACGACGCCCGCGACGACGGCUCGGUCUGUGGCGAGGACCUGCUGUGGUGGUGCCCGGCGACACCACCGCGCCCCGACGACCUCCAAGACACCGUGAGCGCGAUGACACCGCCGCCAUCACCCGCCGAAGAGGCGUCCCCGGUGACCACGACGCUGCACUGCGCCGUGUUCCGGCAGGACCAGGCCGCCGUGGACCGGCUGCUGGCCGCGGGGGCGGACCCCGACGAGCCGGACUACGCGGGCUCCGGCGACACGCCCCUCAUGCAGGCCGUGACGCAGGGGCACCUGGGCAUCGUCAGGUCGCUGUGCGCGGCGGGCUGCAGCGUGGACGCGCGCCGCGUCAACGGCCAGUCCUCGCUCAUGCUGUGCAUCGUGUCGCGGGCGUCGCGCCGCAGCCCCCGGCUGCUGCUGCAGAUGCUGGAGGUGCUGCUGGCGGCGGGCGCGGACCCCGGCGUGCGCGAGAAGCUGCGCGGCCAGACGGCCCUGCACGCCCUGGCCAAGCUGGUGGCGGCCGACCCCGACGAGCCGCACCUGCUGACGGCGCUGCGGAUGCUGACGCAGCGCGCGCAGCCGCACGGCGUCAACGCGCAGGACCACCGACGGCGCACCGCGCUGCACCACCUGGCCAGCAGGGGCUGCGCCAACGCCGAGCCCUACCAGAUCCUGCUGGAGGCCAAGGCGGACCCGGCGCUGCAGAACGCGCGCGGCGACACGCCGCUGGUGGAGUUCCUGGAGAAGGAGGGCCUUGAGCAUGGCGCGCAGGACGAGGUGGUGCGGCUGCUGUCCGGGCCGGGCGUGGCGCGCCGCAGCACGCAGUACGGCGAGUCGCCCCUCCACGUGGCCGCGCGCCGCAACCGGCCGGCCGCCGUCAGGAUCGCCCUGGCCAGUGGCGCCGACCCCGGCCACACCGACCUGCGCGGCAACACGGCGCUGCACCUCGCCGCCAGCCGCGGCUACAAGGAGGUGGUGUCGCUGCUGCUGGCCGCGCCGGCCUGCCCCGUGAACGCCGCCAACCGCGAGGGCCUCACCGCCCUGCACGUGGCGGUGGAGAGCGGCUUCGUCGACGUCGUCAACACGCUGCUGUGCGCCGAGGGCGUGGAGGUGGGCCCCAGCGUCCUGGAGCUGGCCCAGCAGGAGUACCGUCUCCGCGCGCAGCCCCAGCUCGCCCGCACCCUGGCCAGCGAGCUGGACCGCCGCAGCAGCCGCGCCAGCCUCACGCUCAGCUUGUGCUCCACCAGCACCCGGCCGGCCUCCACCUGCAGUCUCAGCACCACGGCAUCGAGCGCCCAGGAUGCUACCCCGCAGAGGUCGCCGUCGAUACGCACCCUGGCCGACGAAGAGGACGGCGCCAUCAACUACCUGGGCGCGCAGGUGAGCUGCACGGCGAGGGUGCAGCCGCGGUACUCCGCCAACAGCGACCUGCGACUGGCCGGCGGCUGCCUGCUGCCGUGCGCGCAGGUGCAGCAGCAGCCCGAGCACUCCAAGCAGUCCCAGUCCAGGCAGGCGAUGCUGCGGCCCGACGAUUCGCCGCGGACGCCGGUGCCGCGCUCCGUGGCCGUGGACAUGUCGCUGCGUGAGGCCGCCGAGCUGAUGCAGAAGCUGUGCGACGAGGACCUGUCCGUCAGCCCGCCCGCAGACUGGUCGCCCCCGACGCGGCCGCGGAGCAAGGCGCUUGCCGCUGCCGUCGACGUGGACGUCGCGGACGUCCCAGCCGAGCCAGAGCCCGUCUGGAAGCCCAGGGAGGUGUGCCCGCAGGAGGGCGUCCGGUACUCGAGGGUGAGGCCCGAGGUGGCCGAGGCGGCCGAGGCCAGGACGGCGAGCGACGCGGCGUCGGCCUCUUCGUCCAGCGACUCUCGGCGCGCGUCCGGGUCGUCCAGGUCGUCCAGCUCCAGCAGCGGGUCGCGCCCCGUCUCCAGGAGGGUCUCCUCCGACUUGAGCAGGGCGCGGUCGGAGAGGUCGGAGAGGUUGGAGCUGGGGGCGACCGGCCCGUCCGGCCCGUCCGCGAGGAAGUUCAACCUCCCCGCCAACCCCUACGCCAAGAUCCGAGGCUGCACCGAGCCCGGCAACGGCGACGAGGAAACGUCCGACUACCUCGUCGAGUCGCUACUGGCCGUGGCCAAGAGCAUCACCGAGCCCGGGGCGAACGCGGCCAACGCGGCCAGCGCGGCCAACGCGGACCUCGACAAGUUUGACCGCACCGGGGAGCUCCCCAAGGACUACGAGCUGUUUGAGCGGUCCGUCCUCUUCGGGGGGACGGGCGGCGUGCUGCCCAGCAGGGCCUCCGGCAGGGAGGACAUCGGGGCGGCCCUGGGGGCGGCCUUGGGGGCGAAGGUGGUCAUGCCGAAGAGGGCCAGGGCCACGGCCAGGGCCUCGGACACGGCCAUCGCGACGCGAUGAAGGACUGCCGAUUCCGGUGUAGCGGUUGCGCAGAGUGCCAUAGUCGAACAUCGGUGCGCUCAUGAGAGCGCCUUAGUUUACCUUUACGUGCGUUGUUCUCAGCUACCAGUGUUGACGAUGCCAUUAUCAUUUAACGUGCAUUUAUUUUUGCUCCAUUCGCAUAUCAUAUAUUUUAUUUUCAAGUCAUGGCAAAACCGUGUAAAUGUCUCGCUUGUGCAACAAAGACUUCAAUAAAUGGUUUUACCACAAAAAUG